AUGUUGGACAUUGUAGGUCCAGAGUUGCAUAUUGUCAACAAAACUGAGCAUCCUAUUUCUCUGGAAGCAGAAACCUUGGUCAUUCUCACACCCGAUCAAGAAAAAGAAGCCACUUCCAAUCUUUUACCAAUAAACUUUAGUGGGCUUUCAGAGGUAAAUGAGGUGAAAGGAGAGGAUGUUGUUUGUUUGAUAAAGAAUUCUGCUACUCUAUCCGGUUCGUUAUUCACCUUGCAUGUAUCCCAAAUACGUAUUGAGCUGCCAACUCUGACGGAUAAAGAUAAGGAGGCUCGUGACUACCUCUCCAAAUUGGGUGAUCUAAGUCAAACUCAGAUUUUUGCAAAGAUAGAAAAUUUUGAGGUCGGACUUACCCAUUUUGAUGAGAUGCUACAAGAAGCAGAUGGUAUAAUCCUUUCUCGAGGAAACCUUGGCAUAGAUCUACCUCCAGAA